AUGGGAGCAUGUAUAUCUAAAGCGAAGAACGAAGAGCCUCCGGCUAGAAAUGCGACUUCCCGUCGAAGGUUCACUUCUACGGAAGAGAAGUUAGGUGACGGAAAAGUAAAAGGCGAUGUUAAGGAGAGACAGCAGACACAUACGCCUUCUUCAAAACAGAACUCAGAGUUAAACGGUAGGAAGCUAGGAAGAGACGAGCAAAAUAAGGGAGAUCUAAAUGAUAACAACAAUUCCAAUAAUGUGAGGAGCACUGCUGCCAAGGCUGCAGAGCUUCGAUAUCAGAAGCAACAGAGACUGAAACAGGAAAGUAAAGAUAAGCUUAAAGCGAUGUCUAAGAUGUCUAAAGAUGAAAAAGGCUUAUAA